AUUCUAAGGUAACUGCAGGUUAAGUAUAAAGUAAUUCUCAUUUAAGUUUUUAUAAUACAAAUAAAAGAAACGAAUUAAUAGUAAUAAUGUACGACAAGUAACCAUAAUAGUUGAGAACAUGAGCUACGAUACAAAAACUGUGACUGGUUCUGUUUGUAAGGCAAUUCUUCAAUAUUGUGCAAAUUCACAUCCAUUUGAAGAGCGAACCCUUACACUUGACCAACCUGUGAAAAUUGGCCGAUUACUUGCUAAAGCAAAAGUCAGUCCAAAUAAUGGAAUAUUUGAUUGCAAAGUGUUAUCAAGAAACCACGCCUUGCUCUGGCACGAAAAUAACAAAUUUUUUCUGCAAGACACAAAAAGUAGUAAUGGCACCUUUGUUAACAACCAUAGACUGAGUAAGAGUGGUGAGGAAUCUAAGCCACAAGAAGUGUUUAGUGGCGAUGUAGUUCAAUUUGGUGUUGACGUAAUUGAAAAUGCUCGCAACAUAUCUCACGGUUGUAUUACAGCAAUUUUAAAGCUUUAUUAUGCUGAUGGCACAGAAGCAAAAUCUAAUCCUGUUGUUAAUUUCAUAAGUGAUGUUUCUACACAAGAUUUGUAUAAUAUUGAUGCUUAUAUACGAGAAGCACUGCAUAGGGAGGCCAACUUAGAAAAUAAAUUACUAAGUUUAGAAAAACUAUUAUCGAAUAUUAUUGGAGAAACAGAUAACAGUUGGAAAGCUCUGGUUGCAGAAGAUCGUCUUUUAUCUAAAAUUGAAUUCUUGGAAAACCAAUUACAAUAUUACAAAAAAGAUGUUAGUGAAGACGAUAUGAGACAGGAAAUAUGUGAUCUAAAACAAUACAAAUACUCUUACCAAGGGAUGGCUAAAGACUGUUUAAAAAAAGAAAUGGAAGACAAAUUAAAACUGAUGCAAAAAUGUCAAGAAUUGGAAAACUUGUUGAAGCAUUCCACAACUGAACAAAGUGCCUUAAUGAAACAUCUUAAUGAUGCUCAAACAGAAAUUAAAGAUAUGUGCGCCAAGCUUAACACAGAAGUAUCAAACCAUGAGAACACUGUUAAAGAAUUUGAUGUCACUAAAGAACAUUUUGAAACACAAAUAAAAACUCUUAAUGAAGCAAAAAAUGAAAUAGAAACGAGUUUUCGUAAUCGAUGUGAUGAGGUUGAACAGUUACGAAAUGAAGUUAAAAAAAUGAAUUAUGAAGUUAAUACUAGAAACAUACUACUUUUAACACUACAAAAUGAGCACAAACUUACUGAGGAUAUUUCAUUAAAUGAAUAUUUUAAUAACAUAAUGUCAAAUGUAGUUAACAUAUUACAAGAUCGACAGACUUGUUUAAGUCAAUUAAACUCAUUACAAAAUCAAAUGAAAAACCUUAUAAAACAAAAGUCAGAUAUUGAAAAUCAAGUAUGUCAAUUGCAAACUGAGCUAGAUUUAAAUAGAGAUUUAUUGAUGAAAUGUGUUAAAGAUAAAAAUGUUACAGAAAUAAGUAAUAUGGAUCCUGAACAACUAAAAAUGAUUAUUCUUAAUGAAGAUGAUUUAAAGAACAUUGAAGAUUUUUCAAAAGACAUUGAAAUUCAAACAGAAUUUUAUAAACAAAAAUGUGAGGAGAUUGAACGUAGACUUUCAGAAUCCAAGGAUGUUUCGCAAGAUUGUAUAAAAAAUUUAGACAAUCAAGAAUUGGCCAUAAAAAGACAGAAAAGAGAACUUUCUUGCAAAGAUAACAUUCUUCUAUUAAUGUCAGACUGUUUGUAUCGUAUGUCUAUUGUUGACACUAGCAAUUUAAGCACUAUACCCGAUACUAUCCAAAAAUAUCUUGAAUUCUUUAAGAACUCAACAAAUAUAAAUAUUAUUCUAGAUGAUUGCAAAACUUCACACUCAGAAAAUUUUAAAAUUGAAUCAAAAACAUUCAAAGACGACAUUGAAAAUAAAACAUUACCAGAUUCACAAACAGAUGGAUAUUCAAUUCAAGAUGUUAGUUCGGUCACAACAGAGAGUAAAGAAGAUUCAAAAUUAAUAGAUAAUGAUGUAGAACAAAUACGUAUGGAAUAUGAUUUAUGUGUGAAGGAGAAAAACACUUUAAAAAAUGAGUUGGAACAAGUUAUGUUAAAGUGCAAAGAAUUAGAACAAUAUCCAAAUUUUCAUUUGUUUUUCGCGUUACCAUCAAUAGUAUUAUUUUUAGUAUUAGUUAUUCAAUUUUAUUCAUACUUAUCCUAUUUGACAGGAACAACUGAAUAAAAAUUGCAGUGCAAAUUAUUAGAAAAAUAUACAAAGAACUUUAUAAUACAUAUAUUAUAUCUUUAACACGUUUCUUUUAAAUUGUAUAUCUCGUUAUAAUCCAUAAUGCAUUUUAAAUUUUGUAGUCAUGUCCAUCUAAAGAUGUACAGAUAUUAUUUUAAAAUACAAAAUCUUGAAUCUCAAUAAGGAAUUAUAUCAUACAUUUUUAUUAAAAUCAUUUACUUGAUACACAUAUCUUUAAUAAAAAUUUGCUUAUCACCAGCUUUGUGUUUCUUUAGU